AUGAAAGCAUAUGAAGUCUAUGAUGUCAUCCAGAGGUAUGGUGGAAAACUUGCAGAGCCAAAAGGGGUCGAGGUCGGCGCACUCUUUGGAGAGAUUGCCAGCCGAGGAACGAAAAUACAGGACUACUGGAUAGGUUACAACAGAAAUGGUUACUCUGGUAGUAGAGACACGGUUGGAUUUUGGAGUGAUGGGAGGGAUGCAUUGUUUGAGGCUGGUGUAUGGGGAGACUUCCAGCCUGACUGGGGAAGAGGGAGCUGUGUAUUAGUCAACACAGACGGGAAGUGGAAAGCUGAGUCAUGUGACAUGUUACAAUCAUCAAUGUGUGAACGCCAGGCAUGUCCUAAAGGAACUUUUAGCUGUGCUACAACAGAGCGGUGUGUGGGAGCUUACAGCCUGUGUGAUGAUAAUGAUGAUUGUGGAGACUGGUCUGAUGAGAGAGAUUGUGGGGACACAAAAGCAGUUCGUUAUAUCCAUAGAUUUGAUAUAUCUGUGUUCAUUAUAUCCAUGAAAAUUCACUAG